AGUACAGCCUUGACUUCAACUUCAAGAAUUUGUUUUGGUCGCCUUCACUCUACCAAUGUGACUAACCUCUAAAAUAAAACAUCAAAAAUAAAAACAAAAACAAAAACAAGAACAAGAACAAGAACAAAAUCAAAAUCAAAAUCAAAAUCACCUUCUCUCCUUCCUUCCUACUCCAAUUUUUCUGACUGCAGCCUUCCAAUUUCAAGUUCGAACUUCAACCCUCUUUUCAAGAUAACAACCAAAAAUAACUUUUACACUCCUCUACUUCUUCAAAUAACUUUACAACCCUUAAGAAUCAUCGCAACCUUUAGUUCUUCGCCAUGGCAGAUCAUUUACAGCCAGAGUCAGCUAUUUCCAAUUCCUCCUACUACAGCACGGCUACUACGACCAAACAAACUCCAGCACCCCCAUCAGUUGCCAGUGCUCCAUCGGGAUGGAUUUACAAGCAUAUUCGCAUUGGUAGAUUUACUCUCCCUUGUUACGCGUCGCCUCAAGUUCAACUUGUCUUGGUCGCACUUGUUUGUUUCCUCUGUGUUGGUAUGUACAAUGCACUCAGCGGUCUUGGUGGCGGUGGUCAAAUUACUGCAAAACCAGCAGAUAACGCAAACUCGGCGCUCUACUCAACCUUCUCUGUCGUGGGUUUCUUCGCAGGUACUUUCGCAAAUCGCCUCGGAAUUAAACUCACUUUGAGUUUGGGUGGUUUGGGUUAUUGUAUCUACGCUUCCAGUUAUCUAUGCUACAGCCAUACCCAGAAUACUGGUUUUGUCAUCUUUGCAGGGGCAUUACUUGGUGUCUGUGCCGGUCUUCUCUGGACAGCUCAAGGUGGCAUCAUGAUGUCUUAUCCACCUGAAGAGUCUAAAGGAAAAUAUAUCUCAUGGUUCUGGUCAAUAUUUAACCUUGGAGGUGUAUUCGGCGCUCUUGUGAGUUCAACAGCACAAAAAUAAAAACAUCUACUAAUUACUUGCAGAUCCCCCUUGCCUUGAACAUCGAAGAUACCGCAAAUCAUGUUGUCAGCGACGGUACAUACAUUGGAUUCAUCAUUCUCAUGUUCAUUGGAGCACUCAGCGCUCUGUGCUUAUGCGACGCAAAUAAAGUUCGAAGAGCCGACGGAUCUCACGUCAUUCUCAUGAAAAAUCCUACGUGGAACACAGAAAUCUGGGGCCUUUGGUACACACUGAGAAACAACGUCUACGUCUUCCUCCUGUUCCCAAUGUUCUUUGCCUCCAAUUGGUUUUACACGUAUCAAUUUAAUGGUGUUAAUGGUUCACAUUUCAAUACACGAACCCGAGCUCUUAAUAACAUUUUAUAUUGGUUCGCACAGAUCAUCGGUGCUUUCAUAUCUGGUUAUGCCCUGGAUAUUCAAAGAUUUAAGAGAACUACUAGAGCUAGAGCUGGUUUGAUCGCAUUGAUCAUCUUGACUGCCGCUGUUUGGGGUGCAGGUUAUGGUUUCCAGUCUAGUGUCCCUGAUCGCGAUGUCACCGGCAAAGUUGACUAUCAGGGCAAGAUGGAUUGGACGAGUGAAGGGUAUGCUGAAGGUUUGGCUUUGUAUGUCGCCUAUGGAUUUUAUGAUGCCGUUUGGCAAUUGUCCGUUUACUGGUAAGUGUUAUUGUUUCCAUCACAAGAUUCUUCAUUAUGACUAACAACUAACAGGUUCAUGGGUGCGCUCUCAAACUCCGGUAGAAAGACAGCAAACUUCGCUGGUUUCUAUAAGGGUAUUCAAUCUGCUGGUGCUGCUAUUGCUUGGCGCAUUGAUGCAAUGGAUUACCCUUACUUGACUCAAUUUGCCAUUACAUGGAGUCUACUUGCUGGUUCUCUCGUUGUUGCAGCACCAGUCAUCUUCUUGAACAUCAAGGAAGUAACCUCCAUUGAUGAUGAUAUUGUUGACACUGAUCUCAAUUACGCUGAUAUUAUGCCUCAAGCUAUUCUUCUUGAUCAAGAUAAGCAUUAUCUUAACGGUCAUAACAGUUCAACAGAUACCCGUCAUCGAUAUCAUUCUACCUCGGAUGAAAUGGAACUUCCUCAUCUUCGUCGCGAAAAGAAUUCCGAAGAUCUCGUUUAAAUCAAACAGCGGACUUCGAGAGUGGCUUUUACCACUAGCAGAGUCGCUCACACCACAUGGCUUAUUUUCCUUUACGAUUUCGAUUAUUUUAUGAUUUGUAGGACGGGUGGACGGGUGGACGGGUGGAAGGGGAGUCGAUCUUUCUUUUUGCUCGAGACACAAGUUUUUACGACAAAUUGAUGGUGCACAAGUGCCAAGUGUAUGCUGAGAUGAAGUUGAUGGAGAUGUCUCUUGUUUUCUGAUAUUUCAAAACGGUGGGAAUAAUAUCCGACAAUUCGAAAAUUUGCAGCUUUUUAUGUUUAUGGAUGUUGAUGGAUGUGGAUGACUGCGAGUUUUUGAA